ACAAAUUUAAUUCUUGUUUUUAGUUAGUUACCGCCUCUCCGAUUGACGUGUUGUGUGUCGGUUUUUCUCUUCGGGGUUUUUGUGUGUGGGUCGAUUCGCGCGCGCGAUUUUUCCACGUCAAACACACACACAAACGUCGGUACGUUUCGCCGGGAUUUUCCGGAUUUCCGGCAACGCGGCUUGUUGUCGGCGGCGGGUGUUGUGUCGUACAAUAUACUAUUGUUGAUAUGAAACUUGCCCCGAAAAAUAAAAACAGCAGAAGCAAAAAACUUAAAAAUAAUUGAAAUUCCAGUUUGAAAACAACCUCACCGACUGAUAGUGGGACUGCAGCAGGUGAAAAAGUGAAGGGUGUAAGAAAAAAAAAAAAGAUUUAUUAAAGUACACAGCAGCCCUCAGAACCGCGGCGUUGUUUUGGUGUUGUCGAAAGUUGAAGUCCAAACUUCUUCUUGAGGAAGGAAAAAGAAGUGAAAAAAAAGUUGGAAAGAUUGUAUGUGAGUACGUAAGAGCGGAGCACAUCCAUUCCAUAAGGAGCCUGGAAAAAAUAAAUAACUUAACCUCAAAGAAAGCAUAAAAAAAAGGAAGAUUGAAGGAAAGUUGUUCCUUGUGUUGUUUGUGGGGGUUAAAAUAUGUGUAAAAUUUAAAAGAGGGUAGCUAAAAGGAGCAAAAAGUGUGAACAAAUAAAAAAUAAAGCAGCAAAAAAGGAAAGAUAAGCAAAAUCCGGGUGACACAGCGAAGAAGUUGACGUGUGAAAUAAGCUCAGUGUAGUUGGGAUUGCAGGAGCUUGGCCAGUACUUGUGUGUGGAGAUGGCUUGAUGUUUUAUCGAAGGUGUAGUGCUUUUAUUGGCGUUGUGUAAGCCCUCUAGAGAGUGUGAUUUGUGGCUUGGGCAAGCGAGAGAAGAAAAAAAAGUGCGUUGGUGCGUAGCAAACCAAUUUAUAAAAAGUUAAGAAGAAGCAAAAUAGAGGUAAUAAAAUAAAGCAGAGAGGAAAAAUCGAAGAAAAUAAAUAAAAGUGUAUUAAUCCACUUCAACGAGAAGGUCGAAACACGAUUGCGUAAGAUUAUAUUCGCUACACAUUUUUCCCAGUGUGCCCAGGAAAGCCUUACACUAGGAAAAGAAAGAAGAAUAACCAGGAAUCCAAUUUUAUUGGCAGCACUGAAAAAAGUGUCCCAAAACAAGCCGCCACCCCCCUUCCGAGUCGUUGUUACGUGAUCCGCGCUAAUAAAUUGGAAAUUGAAUAGAAGAAACCUAAUUAAGUGGGCGGUCGCAUUACACCAGAAGUCGACGUUUUAAUCGGUGGGGUCCACACGUGUGUGCAUGUUCGACGACGAGGUUUCGAGCUGAGCUUUCGAAACAGCAGUUUUGGCAGUUGUGUUUUCCAGCAGAGAAGGGGCAACAGUAGCAGCGCCGUCCGGCGGAGGUCGUGUUUGUUCUGAUUACUCAAUUUCAGAGAAUUACACCAUCAAGACGUCGUCUUCGGAAAAGCCGCCGCCAUCUCGGUCACAUUCAAACAGUUCUCAUGGGCCACCGUGGCGGAAAAUUGCCGCCGCGAUGUCCACACUCACUAGCAACGCAAACAGCAACAACAACAACCUUAUCAUCACCUCACCAGCGACCUCGUCAAGUUCCAGCAACAACAACAACUGCAACGCCAUCAACAACAACAACAAUCCGGGUACGCCGAACCAAAGCCAGAACCAGCAGCACCAGAGUGCGCUCGCUUCCGGCGUUAGCAGCGCCAAGAGGUUGCUUCCGUUUGCCCGCAGCAUGUCGUCGAACGGCGGAGCUGGCGUUGCUCCGGGUGGAACCGGUUCCACCGGUGGCAUUCCGGCCGAGUUGAACGUGGUGCUGCACGGGUACCACCGGAAGCUCAAGACGAACAAGAAAAAAUACUUUGUGGUGUACGACGAUCUGCCGAACAAGAGCGCCCGGCUCGAGUACUUUGACAGUGAGAAGAAGUUCAAGCAGUCGUGGGUGAAGAACAGCUCGGUGCAUGCGAAGCGCAGCAUCAUUCUGCGCAACUGCUUCAACAUCAACAAGGGGCACGACCCGAAGAAGCACGUGAUCGCGCUGUACACGCGCGACGAUUGCUUUAGCAUUGUGUUUGACAGCGAGGAGGAGCUGAACCGGUGGCUGAGGACGCUGUGGUCGCUGCAGCGGGGGGAGGAAGGAGCGGAGGGCGAGCCGCCGAGACCCACUUUUGAACACGUCUGGGAUGUGUUUGUCCAGCGGAAGGGCCUCGGCGACAGCUACGGCAUCCUCGGCAACUACCGGCUGUGCAUCACGGACAAAACGCUGUCGCUGGUCCGGAUCGGGCCCCCGACCACGGUCAACGGGGACAGCCGCGUCGAGCAGGUCGAGUUUUCGCUGGCCGCGAUUCGGAGAUGUGGCGCCUCGCAGCGUUACUUCUACCUGGAGGUCGGCCGGAGCACAAAAACCGGCGCCGGCGAAAUCUGGAUGGAGGCCCAGGACGCUAUGAUUGCCCACAACAUGCACACAACGAUCAUGAAAUCUGCCAAAAACAAGGACUGCGACAGCCUCGGCCCGAUGCGGAAUCGGUCCUCGUCGGCGAACGCGGCCUCCAAGCCCACCCAGAUGCUGGUCCGCCGCCAGACCCACACCGGCCAGAAGCCGAUCAACUGUUCGCCCUCUGGUGAAGAGCCGGGCUCGCCGGUCCCACAUGCAUCACCCUAUGCACCGGGUUCCGAGUCCUCCUCGUCGGCCACUAGCACUAAUACCGUAGUUAUGGUCCCGCCAAAUCCAAAUUCCGGUCAAAAUUCGAGCAAACCCAAUCAAAACCAACCGUCGUCGCCGUCACCAUCGACGGCCAGUGGGGGACCCCUCGGCGGUGCCAACUCCCCCUCCCCCUUUCCCUCGUUCCCCUCGCCGACGCCCUCCUACAGCGGCAAGAGCGCAAUCAAAAAGCCCAAACUGGCCCCGCCCCCCGAGGAGGAGGCCGUCACCCUGUCCUCGUACACGUCCCUGGUCCGCCAGCCGUCGUCCCCCGGGGGUGUCCUCCUUGCACCACCACCACCAGCACCACCCACACCGCCUGCAGCACCCUCACUGGCCAUUCUGCCGCCGUGCUCCAAUGGCGGCCCCGGCGCGACCAACACUGAGUUCCCACCACCAGCACCACCGAGUGACCACGCCGGUGAACCCUCGUCGACGGCCCUGAUGUUGCCCCCGUCGCCAUCGUCCUCACUGAGCAAGUACCCUCGGUAUCACCAGCCACAAACCCACCAGCAGCAAGGGCACCAACAGCAACAACCCUUCCAACCCUCCUGGCUCACCUCGUUGGCCAACGGAGGCAGCUCCGGAAGUUCCGAUUCGUCGUCCUGUUGCUCGUCGACGGCCAGCAUCCAGACGGCGAUUACGGCCUCGAUGAGGGCCGCUGCGGUGGCCGUCGUGGGGGGAUGUGGGGGUGGUGCCAUGUUGCCCCCACCGACGCCACUGUCCAGCGGCUCGUCCCUUUCGCUGGGGGUGUUGACGAGGAGGGGCGGUGGUAGUAACAGCAGCGGCGGCAGCUCCAGCGGUGGGAACAACUCCGGAAAUCCGCUGUAUCUGUCGACAAUUCCGUUGAGACGGCUGAGGAACUCCUUGCGGAGGCACUCGAUUUCAGUUACAUCCGCCGUGAUAUUCCAUCAAAGAGCUUUAUCAUUACCAAGCGCUACCCCUAUGCUAAGCCAUUCUCCCCAUAGCACCACCACCACCACCACCACAAACAUCCUCCACAACCACAGCAACAGCAACAGUGUUAGUAGCAAUCCUAGCUUUACCGGUGGUGGAGUUCAGCAGCCGCAACGAAUCCUGCUCGGUUCAACGCUCCAACCCGUGCACCACCGGACCCGGUCCCUCCCGCUGACGGAGGAAACGGCCAUCCGGAUCACCACCGGCGGAGGUUACAAUUACAACAAUGGGUCGUCGUCGUCGUCCUAUCAGCAGCAAUCAAACCGCAAACACCAGCAAUCGUCCAGCCUGUCGAUAGCGGCAUCAGCCCGGUGCACCUGUCCGUCGAUGCCGGUCAUCGUCGUCGGUCAUCACCAUCAUCACUAUAAUUUAUGUCCCCUGCACGGUGGCACCAUCGCUGGAGCAACGCCGACCUCCACGACCAUCCCGUCACCACCCGGUCAGGACUAUGAAAACAUGAAUAAAUCAUGCUCGUAUCUGCCAUCGUCGGCGUCCUCCCCGACGACCUGCUACGAGUCGUUGAUUGGCCAGAGCGGCACGCCGCAGUCCCGCAGCUCAAUGGAGAGCAUCAUCGAGGACCAAAAGUAUCUCCCGAUGGACAUGAAGAAGCCCCCACCGUCGGCGGAAUCUGCAACGGAACAACCCCCGGCAAAUCUGCAGUUCAUUUCGCGGCUGCUGCGAAGUUCGAAUCUCGCCAGCAGUAAGCAGCUGGCCGCGCUGAAGGUCGCCACCAGCGUGGCCGGGGGUACGAUGGAGGGUGGUACGCCGAGUCCGAGCAAUGGCGAGUCGCCGCCGGCCACGUUGAGAUGUCGCAGUGGAGGGGGACGGUCGGGAUCGAGGAGGAGUGCCGCCAUAGCCCGCGAACGCUGCGACAGUCUUCCGUCGCGCAACAGGACCUCGAGUGAAACCAGCACGGUAGCGGGAACGACCCAGCAACAGCAACAGCAGCAACUUCACCUCAACAGCGGCGGAAUGCCACCGCCGCGGACGAUUCCCUCUGCCUCGGCCUUCCACCAGCGGCCCCACUCGAUGGUGAUGGUCCAGAACCGGCAGAGCCACAGCCACAGCCCGCCCGUCCACUCGUCCCCGCUGAGCCCGCCGUCGACCGGGGCAUGCUCGACCGGCAGCGACGGGUCCUCGCUCAGCAUCGACGAAACGGACAGCUUCGUCGAUCCGCUCACCCCGGACGAGGGCAAUGGCUUUCCCAAGGUCAUUAAUCCGCUCAGUUCCGGAUGUUCGAUCCCGGAGGAAAACUCCGACGAGUACAUCCACAACUACGGCCGGAUCAACCAGCGGCUCUUUGGUCAGCACCGCUCGAUCGAGGAGUUUGGCAGUCAUUUGAGGCACAGUUAUAACUCUUUGUCGCUUCCAAUAUCGCAGGCGGUCAGAAGGGGCAGUCCGGCACCACCGGGAGGCCAUCACUCGCAGCUUCACCACAACCUGCAACAGCAACAGCAACACCACCACCAUCACCAGCAGCAGCAGCAGCACACGCCCCAGAUGUCCGGCUCGGUCGAGGGCAACUACAUGGACAUGUGCAGCCCCUGCGGAAGCUCGCCGGGCGAUCCGUCCGGCAACGGGGGCUACAUUCCGAUGUCACCGGUGGCCGAUUAUCCGAGGGGCCUCUACACGGGCAGCUCGAGCGCACACUCGCGCGCCUCCAGCCUCGCGGAGGACGUCCCCGACGGUUAUGUUCCUAUGGCACCCGGUGGCACCGUCGUCGUCGCCACCACCACCGCCAGCUCAGCCUCAACCUCAGCCGCCCCGGAAGAAUCCUACGUGGACAUGGAACCUACCAGCAUCCGCAGCAGUAGCACCCACGUCCCAACGCCGGGCAUUCCGACGCCUUCCGCCGGCAACGGGAACAUCAGCUCGGCGGCGUCCAGUUGCAGCAUCACGAGCGGCACUCCGUCGACGGAUAUGCGCUUUUCGGCGUACCACUUGGAGAAGGUCGAGGCGCGGUUUACGCCGAGUGAGGACGACGAGAUGGAUCGUCCGCUGCGGACGUACUCGGUGGGCAGUCGGUUGGAGCAUAAUAAGCGGAAGUUGAGGGUGGAUAUGCUGAGUUCAGCGGUUGAGAGUGGUGGUGCGGGGGGGAAUUCGCGAGUGCGGGCGUUUUCGGUGGGUUCGCGGGCGAAGGUUCCGCGGUCGGAGUUGUAUAAGGGCAGUGGUGGGGCGCCGAUUACGGCGCCACUGCUGUCGGCGGGGAGUUCGGGGAGUAUGCAGGAGAGUGCGAGUGGGAGUGGGAGCAUUACGAACACGUCGACGAUCGGAGGGAUGGUGGGGUCGGGGUCGAGUUCGAGUGUUGGGAAGGCUGGGGCGUCGGGGACGUCUGCGACGUCGGGUAAGAAGUCGAUUAGUGCGCCGGUGUUGGUGAGUAGUAAGCCGCACGGAUCGUUUGACCCGAUGGACGACCUGAUGGAGAUUGACUUUGGUGCGUCGUAUCACGGGGGAGAGCCGGAGAGUAGUACGCCGCAAAAGGGGAUGGGGAUGGAGGAUUACAUGGAGAUGGGAGCGGUUGGGGGAGCGGCCACUACGGCGAUUGAUACUGGUUACAUGGAGAUGAAGCCGGGUCAUUUGGCGCCGGUGCCGUUGGAGGAGAGUGACUACCUGGACAUGAAGCCGGGUUGCUACGAGCCAAACCUGUCGACGAAGAGCACGAGUUCGCCGAUCACGAUCAACUCGCCGAAGAAGUUCAAUGGUGGGGGUGGGGCCGGCGGAAGUAACAACAACAACAACUACCUGGAGAUGUCCCCGCGCGGUGCAGGGCCAUCGUCACUGUCUUCCUCUUCGCAAACGCAACGCAAAGUACCUUCGGAUGAUUACCUGAACAUUAAUCCGCUGAUGGUGGGUGGUGGAAGUGGUGGGGGUGCCGGAACCGGUGGCGACAGUGGCAACGAGGACAAGAUGACGCACGACGAGGACGAGCUGCUGGUGGCGCCGAGCAGUGCCCCGGAGGGUUACAUGGAGAUGUCCUGGAACCAGAACAAGUCUAGUCUUGGGGCGAAGGUCGAGCCGGCCGUUUCGGACGAGUACAUCAACAUGGAUUUCACGCGCAAGGAACUGCCCGAGUCACGGCUCAGCUCGCAACCGAUCGCGAUCCAGUCGGGUGGAUUGCGCGUCGUUGGGGACCUGAUGAUGGAACCAAAGAUGGGCGGUGCGCCGUCCAAUAUUCCAAACUAUCUUCCGCUGAACCCGGCCCAGCAACGGCACGGUUCGGCCCAGAUCGGGUUCAGCCCCCGGUCACGGUGUGACUCCCGGGACAGUGGCAUCGUGACGCCUUCGGGCAGCCAGGCAACGAUCUUCCCCUUCAGUCCGGGCAGUCCCAUCAAGCCGUUCGUCCAGGCGGAUCCCGACAAGUGCCUCAUCGACGGAACGAGCGGAACGCUGCUCAUCACCGAACUGGACGAGCACAGCGAAGAAUCGAACGAAUCCCGCGUCGAGGACCUCAGCCAUAACUAUGCGGAGUUGAGUCUGCAGCAACCUCACACGAGCAACCUCAAGACUGAAAAGAGUCGGCCAAGUUCCUUCAAGCGAACGUGCACCACGACGACGACCUGCACCAGCACGCGGACGUCGGCCUCCGUCGUGACCACCGUCAAAUCCGCCGCCGUCGAAUACCCGGACUACGUCAACUGCAGUCCCGUUACCACGCCCGUCACACCAAAGCCAACGUCCACUCCCAUGGCAGUGGGCGAUGACCAGGCCGGUGACUACGCCAUCAUGAACCCGGCCGCCACCGCCACCCUCCGCAAACUGUCCAGCACCUCAUCCCAAUCCGAACUGGCCACACCCUGCCCCAACAACCCAUCCUCCUCCACCAGCGACGUCGGUCUUCCUCCCCUCCUGGGCAAAAAAUCCAGCACGAUCGGCUUCCGGCCGAUCACUUCCAGCCAGGACGACGCCCUCCUCCGCAAAACCGCCAGCGGCGUCUCCCCCAAACCGGCCUUCGCGCGGCAAUUCUCCGAGCGCCGCCCCACCGGCACGGACGCCUCCGGCUACGAACUGCUCCAACGGUCCGCGUCCUCCCGACCCAACAGCGUCAACAGCGAAAAGAUCGGCUGCGGCACCGCCGCCACCAAAUGCCCUCCCUCCGCCGGCUCAACCCGGCCCAACUCCGCAAACUCGGACCGCCUCCCGGUCGUCAUAUCAGCUACCUCAUCGUCCGCUUCCUCCACCUCGACCCUCUGCGAAAGCAAAAACCAAAGCCCGAUGGCGUCAACCGCAACGCUAACCGACCAACCCAUCGUGUCCCGCCCACCCUCCGUAAGUUCCGAACGGGAGCUGCACUACGCCAGCCUCGACCUCCCCCCCUGCGGAACCAACCCGCCGCCAACGGCCACCCGCAUGGACGUCGACCCGGCGCCCAGCGAGGCCCCCACACCCGACUCGCUCAACUCCAGCCCUAGUCCCAACUCUGGAUGUACCUCGCAGCAGCCGCAGCCCCAGCAGGGCGCCUUCACGUACGCGCAAAUUGACUUUGACCGGACGGGGGCGCCGAUUCCGCCGAAGGCGGCCACCGGCGGGCAACCGUAAAAAGAGAGAGAGGAACCCUGAAACUGCCAAUCUGGGGGAAAACCCCUUCCCCCGGAAGAAGCCUGGAAAACCCUCGGCGAUUGUUUGUUAAAAGGUUCGCCACCUU